AAUAAAAUACAUACAUAUGCUCAAUCUGUGGAUAUUUUCGGCGUUUUUUACUAUGCUAUUCACUAUAGUGUUGACCGAUGAUUUCAUAGCGAUAAACUAUCCGGACGGUGUAAUAUUGGAACCUUCUGAAACGCCAUUACCCCUGAAACAAAUAAAGUAUGUACUAAGGGCCAUAGUUGGGGAGGAUGCAUCAUCUAAUGGUCAAUUUUCGCCAUUAAAAAUUAAUAACAUCUUCGCAAUCCCAAAACGAGGAUUUAUAAUGACCCUCCAUCUUGAUAAAUCAGCCGACUAUUCAGCACUGGGUACUUUGGUAAAAUAUUCAAUCAAGGGUCGACGUCCAAGUGAAACUUUCCGACAUGUAAUCAAUUUCGAAAAAUUUUACGUAACGAAAACACUUACUAAAAAUUCUACGAACAUUGACUAUAUCAAUUUAGAAAACAAAUUGCAUGGAGUUAAAUUUACCGAAGCUGAGCCGGUUAUGGAUGAGGUCCAAACACUCUUAGCAUCAGAUGCUGUAGAGAAAAUAACGGUGGAUAUUAGGACAAAAAAUUUCGUAGGCAUUCAUUUGUUUAACAAAAAAGAUGCUUUGGAUUUUGGAAAACUUAUUGACCCAAUUAAUAAAUUCAAAGACAUUUUGAAUAAUACGAGUAUUUUUUUCGGCAUAGUAACAUACGGUGGCGACACUGAAACUCUAAGCAGUCAGAAUGCUAGUUAUGCAUUAACUAUUGAUCCAAUUGAAUUUAGACGGCAUAAUGUUGCGCCAUUAUAUGAUGAGAACUAUGCAGCAAUUUUCAAUAUAAUAUUUUGGUUUACGGUUUGCUUUGCCUUUACUUUAUUUGCUGUUAUUUUGGCUCUCCAUAAUAUGGAUCCUGGAAGAGACACCAUUAUCUAUCGAAUGACAGCAACACGUUCCAAAAAGGGCGUAUAAAAUACUAUUAGAUGGUCUCCAAUAUUUUUAUUAAAAGGUUGAAAACCAAGUCUGAUUGAAAUUGAGUUAAGCUUUUUACGACUAGUUUUUACACAAACAAUACAUCCACGAAAUGGUAAAUAUGACUCAAUAUAAAUCAUAUUUUUAUAUA